AUGAGGUCUGUUUAUGAUGGGGAGGAACAUGGACGAUUCAUGGAGAAGCUUGAAACUCGCAUCCGCAAUCAUGACCGAGAAAUUGAAAAAAUGUGCAACUUUCAUUACCAGGGCUUUGUAGAUUCUAUAACUGAACUGCUGAAAGUGAGAGGAGAAGCCCAGAAACUCAAAAAUCAAGUGACGGAUACUAAUAGAAAACUACAACAUGAGGGAAAGGAACUGGUAAUAGCAAUGGAAGAGCUGAAGCAGUGUCGACUACAACAGAGAAAUAUUUCUGCUACUGUUGAUAAAUUAAUGCUGUGUCUUCCAGUCUUAGAGAUGUACAGCAAACUGAGGGAUCAGAUGAAAACUAAAAGGCAUUAUCCUGCACUGAAAACACUGGAACAUCUAGAACAUACCUAUCUGCCUCAAGUGAGCCACUAUCGAUUUUGCAAGGUGAUGGUGGACAACAUCCCCAAGCUUCGAGAAGAAAUUAAGGAUGUUUCUAUGUCUGAUCUCAAAGACUUUCUGGAGAGCAUCCGCAAACAUUCAGACAAAAUUGGAGAGACUGCCAUGAAGCAAGUAGGUCUUGUGUUUAUGAUAGGUUGGCCGGUGGCUUUUCAAGUAUUCAGUUAAACACAGGUUUCUUUUUGCCAGGUGUCUUAAUUGUUUCUUAUAAAUUUCUUUUCAAGGAGAGUCCUUCAUCCUUAUGGGAACACAUGAUUAAGAAAUAUUUUUUGUUUUCUUGACAGAGCAAUGAGCUAUUGAUUAGUAUAUUGUUUUGCUCUGUGGCUGUUCAGUAAUUGCUGAUAGAUUGUGAUGAUUUUUAUUGGGGAUUUGAAGAACUUUUUCUGUUUUUCUAUACUUUCCUUGACUUGAUAUGAUUUGAAGCCCAAGAUAUUUUAAAGUUCUCUUUCUAGUUAGUGACCUAAAUUUUGUUGCAUGUGCCUUUGGCUGAUUAUUUACUAUGUAAGCAAGAUGUCAUGUUAUAUAUGAUAUUUCUGAUAUUAACAGAAAUAUUAUAAAAAAGACCUAUUGAGAAAUGGUGUGAAUUAUGAUCAUAGAAGGGGAUUUAUUUGUGGCUUGUUCAAUUAACAAAUAUGUUAGAAAUAUUUAGAUUUUUAAAAACAAAUAUCUUCAUCUCUAUGUUACCAAAGCCACAAGGAAUAUCUGCGUUUCUUUGGUCAUUAUGAAUAAAAUAGCAGUAAUGAUUUGCAGUA